UUAAAUGAACUCGAUUUUCGGAAUUUAAUCGAAACUAUGGAUAAAACCAACGAACGAGGACAAUGAUCUGCUUCCAGCGAUUCAUCCGUACACUUCAACUGCUAGCUUUUCUGGGCAAUAGAAUUCGGUGUAAUAUGCCGGUGUCAAAAUUUUUGGUUGAUUGCGCAGCAGUGGAAACAGUAUUUCACCUUGUUGGCCACUAUUCGAGGAUUACUAGUGGAAUUCCACAAAGAAAACAUUUUACCGUACGUUAUGCAGGUACCGCAGAGCACUAGCCUCGCUCAGCUCGUUGUCGGUCAUUUCCAUGUCUUCCUUCUCACACAACGGUUUCAAGUCAAGACCUGAAUUUUGAACUUGGCUUUAUAAAAGAGAUAACUCGUACUCCUCAAUUUUUACAUUCCGCUCGAGUCAGGUAAAUCCAUUAAAAUGUUCUGUAAUAUAAUAACCGAUCUGAAAUUUAUUUUGUUUACAUUCAUCUUGCCUUCGAUAUGCAGUAACCAAGGUUAUGGUGACUGUUAUUCAAAAUCAAUAAAUAUAUCAACUUGUGCUGCCAGUUUAAAAAAAUUCACUAGCGUUCUCGAUUUGACAUUACCAGUUACUGAGGGGUAGUUAAAUUUGCGAUACAGUUUUGAUAGUCGAGUGGCAGGUCGUGUCGUCGAUUUAACUGUUUAUUUUAUCACAACUUGUGAUUCAUGAGAAGUUAAUCAAAAUUCACAAAUGAUCACAGCAAUCCAAUUUUGUUAAAUGUUGAACUGUCUUCGGCAAUAGACUUUUAGAGAUGGCAAAAUUUUUGCAACUGCGACGUCCUACAAGGUAUUCUCGUCUCCACGAGUCAAUUCCUAAACCCGUAGCUGCCCUUCCCAAGCACGGCAGCUUGCCAUUAUGGGAAAAGCUUGGCUUGGACCAAAAGUUACCGGCCAAAGCCUGCCCAAUACAUCCGCCCACCUUCAGCCGGGGUUUACUUGGCCAGUGCCUUUGGACCAAACCGGAUGACUUUGGUUUCGACCUCACCGACCCGUUGGGAAACGAUGUUUCCUACGCUUAUCUACAGCCUCACGACAAGCAUUUGCAAAGAUUCUAUAAGGAUGAGAGAAUCAAAAAUGAAUUAAGAUAUCAAAAAAUUACUAACAAUAGAGACGAAGUAGUUUGUUCUUUAUCGGAAUUCAAUCGAUUCAGAAGUUAUUUGUGGAAAUAUCACAAACACGAAAUUCGAAAGGAGCUUCAAAAAUUGGAUCGUGCCUGGUGUAAAGAAUAUCACGACAAGCAAGCAGCUUUGCAUGUUAAAAAGCACUACGACUUUGAAGGAUUACUGGAACGCAAAAAAUGUACAGCAAAUCUUUUAAGAAAAGUGAAAAGACAAAGAACACUAAAAGCUAUUUUUAAGCAUGAGAAAAAAUUAGAACAGUUUCUGAAAUGUCGUGAAAGAUACAAACAUUUAAAUAUGCUCAACGGUCAUCUUAGAACAUUGAAAAUCCGUCACAACAAGGAAUUGAUCACAGCUUCAAGAAAAUCGUACCGCUUGAGGCUUAAACGAAGACUAAAAGAAAAGGAUCAUCUCAGAACUCGUAGGAUGACAAUCUUGAAAAAAAGAAACGUAGAAUCUAAGAAAAUCAUGCGCAAAGAACGUCACAAACUACUUUUCAUAUCAGCCCAGGAAGCGGAAGUCGAACGUCAAACACUACUAGAAAAAUUGCUGAAGCACACGCAAAGUAACGUACAGCAACGCAUUUUGCAAUCAGCUGCCCAGCAGGAUCGUCUAGAUCGAGCUUUGACACGUAGGAAGGCUAGAAAUUUGGCUAGUAAGUAUGACAAACGUACCAAACCGGCCUUGAUAAAAGCGAUGUUGAAAGCGUGGCACAGCAUCCAGGUACGGCAACCGGAUGUUGAAAUACAGGUAUCGCGUGCAUCCGUGGAGAAUGCCGUGAACAUGGCGUAUAGCAUACAUAGGACUAUCAGUCCCACCGUCAGUAGUACCCAGAUCAUCGAUACGGCCCGACAGUUGAUCAACGAUUUGAGUAAUAUGUCAACGGAAAAACUACCGAUGGAUCGACAAACCAUCAAGUAUACCAGUAACGCGUUACUAGAAAUAAUAGCUCAAAUACGAAAGCAAGUAAUUCGUGCCGGAUGUCUGCUGAUUGAGCAAGUUGCCACAAAAAUGCGAAACCAAAUCGAAGCUAAUGUCCGUCGUAGAAGCACUCUAUGUGGUCCUUGGAAUAUGCUUUGGAAACGACGGUCUUUGCAAAGUGAAUCCGAAAACCAUCGCCAUCGGGUUUCAAUCGGUGAAAUUCAAAUAAUCGAUGAAUACCAAACCGAACAGGAAAAGUUUAAGAAAUCACGCCUUCGACCUCCAACGCCGGUAACUUCAGUAACUUCAUUGGUAGACCAUUUGGUGUAUUCGGAAGAGUUACCUAGUUCAUUGGAGGAUCUAGAAAUUCAAUCAUCCAUUGCAGAGGCCAUGGAGCGCACCAUAACAGAUGAAAAUCAUCCACUCAUACAUUUGACAAUGAGACAGAAGCGAUUUUUGGAAACUAAUCUUUUAAAAUUUCGUGCUAUCAUUCAUCAAAAUGUUGAAAAAAGAGUGUUGGCAGCUAUUGACGUAUUGCGUUUAGAAAUUGUUCGUCAAAAGGUGAAUAAACCGAUCGAACCAGAAGAAUCUAUUGCAGAUGAAAUAGCGCAUUGUAUUUUGCGGUUUCCCAAGGAGGAUCAACGAUACCCCCAAUUGUUGUUAAUCAUUAUAAACCUGCUAGUCUGUGACUGUUGUGAUGAGCUAGAUCGUAUAUUGAAUGCACCGUAAAGACAAAAUCAUCAACUUCCUGUUUGGCAGAAAUUGAUAAAAUUAUAGUACUCCUAAAACAACCAUGUUAAAUAAUUUAAUAACUAACGCAGAUUCUGAAAUUGCCAACACCACAUUUUUGAUCAUGCUGAUUCCAGAGCAGUGUUUUUUCUUAAACUGUUCUAAACAGAUUUUUUUAAUAUUUGUUUAUGAAACACAUCUAUUGAUACGCUUGAUCAUGGCCAUAUUCAAAUCUUAAAUUGGGUUGGUUGAAGAGUGCUCAUCAUUGGAUUUACUAUCCGUUUAGAUACAAAAUGAACGUCAUCCUCCAACACAUACAUUUAUAAGAUAAUGUUGGCUUAGAUUUGGUCAAUUCCGUUUGAUAUUAUUAGGGAUUCCUGCAGGGAAAUGUAU